UUUGGUCAAUACAAUAACUAAUUAAUUAAUCACAAAAAUACAACGAAAUUCAACAAAAUUUCUUUUUAUCUUUUUCUAUAAAAACCAUCUUCGUUUACAAUCGUUUUAGCCUCUUCUUUGUUCAUCAUCUGCAAUCAUAAAAACUCCUCCAAAAAUCUUGUAGUUAACGACGAUUCUAUGGAAACACCGUUGCUUUCGUCAAACGAUGUUGAGGCUGAAGUUCACAAACCGAAGUUUACGGGUUUGGUUUCAACAAUGAAAUCAAAUUUUUUCACGGAUUUGCCUCAAAAACUUCGAUCUCAAAUCGAUCCGGAAGACCCUCUUCACAUUGAUGUCUCCAAAGCUGUAGGCCUCAAAAGUGAUGAGAAAGAGUACUAUGAACGACAAAUAGCAACACUAAAAUCUUUUGAGGAAGUAGAAAGUUUUGUAGCUCGAUCACAAGAUUAUGUCAUAGAUGAACAAAUCCUAGCAGAAGAUCGAGCUGAGAGAGCUGCACAAGAGAUAGCCAUGCAAAUCUCCAACUGGGCUAACGUUUUUUUACUUACUCUCAAGACAUAUGCUACUAUAAAGAGUGGAUCGAUAGCAAUUGCAGCAUCGACACUUGACUCUUUGCUUGAUCUAAUGGCGGGAGGAAUACUUUGGUUCACACAUAUAUCAAUGAAGAACAUCAAUAUUUACAAAUAUCCCAUUGGAAAGCUUAGGGUGCAACCAGUUGGAAUCAUCAUUUUCGCAGCGGUUAUGGCCACUCUUGGGUUUCAAGUGUUGCUUGUGGCAGCUGAAAAAUUGAUUACAAAUGAACCUUCAGAAACAAUGAGUCAUGAGCAAUUGAUAUGGUUAUAUUCAAUCAUGCUAACCGCAACCACUGUUAAACUCGUUUUGUGGAUUUACUGCAGAAGUUCGAGAAAUAAUAUAGUCCGUGCAUAUGCAAAGGAUCAUUACUUUGAUGUGGUGACAAACGUUCUGGGAUUGGUUGCGGCCGUUCUUGGGAAUGCUUACUAUUGGUGGAUCGAUCCGUCUGGUGCAAUUGUGUUAGCUAUAUACACUAUUGUCAAUUGGUCUGGGACCGUUAUGGAAAAUGCAGUCUCAUUGAUCGGACAAGCAGCUCCACCAGAAGUACUGCAGAAAUUAACAUACUUAGUAUUGCGACAAGGUGCAAAUGACAUCAAACGUGUUGAUACUGUUCGUGCCUAUACAUUUGGUGUUCUUUACUUUGUUGAGGUGGAUAUAGAGCUUCCAGAAGAUUUGCCACUGAAAGAAGCUCAUGCAAUUGGUGAAUCAUUGCAAAUAAAGCUAGAAGAACUUCCAGAAGUGGAAAGAGCUUUUGUCCAUCUUGAUUUCGAGUGUAGUCACAAGCCUGAACACUCCGUUCUUUCUACCAUUCCAAACGAUUUAUAGAAUUAUGUAUAUAAUUAUAUAUGUGUUCUUGCUUGUUGCCUGCUCUUGUUUUAAUGUUUUUGUACUUUCUGUCAUCUGCAGUUUGAGUUCUUUGGUUAUGAAUUUUUGUUUUAAUAAACUAGUGGUUCGAUGGA